GAGGAAUGUCACGAUACAAUUGACGGAAUAUGUUCGGUACCCCGUGGGUGUGCUCGAGAUGUCUGUCCCGAUAUAUGCGACUUGGUGAGGCAAGGCAAUUCAGAAAAUGGACCCGGUUUUACAGCUCAGUUGCUCCCGAGAGACUGCUAAGUCCUGCCCUCCUAAAUCAUGCUCGAAAUCUUGCCAGGGAGUAUGCGACUCUUUCGGAACGCCUUGCUGGCUCAUUUGAAAAAGAAACGGCCAAAAGAGUAGGGGAGUUAACGGCAACGGUGCAAGCUCUCAAGGAAUGGGAUAAGGCGCAUGAAUCUAUAGCAGAAUUGAAUCAUUUACUUGACGACCCGUCUAGCGAUCCGGAACUUCGAGAACUGGCAUCGGACGACCUUCAGACCACCGUAUCCAGUCUUUUCGCUUUGUCAGGGAAAUUAAAAGAGAGCCUGAUCCCUCGGCACCCAUUCGCCGAACUCCCGUGUUUGGUUGAAAUCCGACCCGGCGCAGGUGGAGACGAGGCUGGCCUUUUCGCCUCGGAGCUCUUACGUAUGUAUUUAGCAUUUUGUUCACGCCAUGGCCUCCGAACAGCCAUUCUUAAAAAAGAUGUGGAAGACGGCGCUGGAGGUAGCGGAUCUGAGGACCGCCUUUCUGAAGCGGUAAUGGAAAUCGAGGCCCCCGGGAGCUAUAAUAUCCUCCGUACCGAGGCCGGAGUCCAUCGUGUCCAGCGAAUUCCAGCUACUGAAGCGAAGGGCCGUGUUCAUACUAGCGCUGUCAGCGUUAUGAUCCUACCUAGCUUCUCCGAGCAGAAUGAUAGUGCUCUUAAUUUUGACGACCCAAAUUCGGAUUAUUAUAUCAACCCGCAGGAUGUGCAGUCGGAAAAGAUGCGGGCAAGUGGCGCCGGAGGCCAGCACGUAAACAAAACAGAAUCUGCUAUACGACUUACUCACGUCCCAACUAGCACCGUUGUCGCGGUGCAGGAUUCACGUUCUCAACAUGAAAACCGCAGAAAAGCCUGGCGAUUGCUUCGCUCUAAAAUCGCUCAGAUGAGACGUGAAGCGCGGGAACAGGAACUUGUGGAAUUACGAAGGGGAAUAAUGGGAGGGGUUGCUAGAAUGGGCAGAGGAGAUAAAGUUCGCACGUACAAUUUUGGACAAAAUCGCUGUACGGACCACCGCAGCGGCGUGACGAUCCAUAAUCUCGGUAGUGUGCUUGAUGGUGGUGAAGGACUUGAUAAUAUUAUGGAAAGUGUGAGCAAUUGGCUUGUCGAUCAGGAGGUUGGAGUUUUGUGUGGGGAGGAAUGGUCGAAGCAACCAAACGAGAUAUCCAAGAAAGGACCGAACAAGAAAGAUACGCGCUAGAGCAUAAUAGAUCAACGUACUCCAUACGGAGUACUAUUUUAUGGACUAGUUUGAUAUAAAGAGAAGAUCUCUGAAAAUCCAGGACUAGACGGCCAGAUAAGCCAAAGUCUAUGAUCAGAGGUAAACCGCCAACUCCUUCCAUGUCGCGCAUACUUUACAAGGAUAUCUCGAACAGAUUGAUAGUCUAUUUAUAAAA